UCUCUACGACGUCAUGCUCCAGCAAGCCUCAAUCCAGCUCGUCGAUCUCUGAUUUCAUACGCGAUAAGGAGCUCCCCAGACCCCAGAUCCGACAGCUCAUACAGCGUCAUCUGCGUCGAUUUCAUGCUAGGCCGACCGAGUUGCGCAGGUGAGUGCGAUUGAUAUAGUAAGUACCCAUUAUCCCUCCAUACCAGUGUUCUCGAUUCUCUCGCCAUAAAGGAACCAGCUUGCAUCGAUUCUGGAUUCUCUCGCAUCCCCGGCCAGCAUCCAAGACAUCGCUACAGUCCGCAUCUCGCCUGUUGUUCCCCUCUCAUACGAGAUGGCCCCCGAGGCCGAUUCUAAACCUGACCCUUCCGCUCCUCGAGCGCCCCAGGCCGAGCCGCACGACCUAAACUGCCUCACGAUCUCGGAACUCGAAUCCCUCGCCUAUGAACGUAUGGACAAGCAGACGCGAGACUACUACAAUGAAGGAGCCGACUGCGGAAGCACCCUCUCCGAGAACAUCUCAGCCUACGGGAAAUAUCGUAUCCGUCCGAGGGUAUUGCGAGACAUCUCACAGAUAGAUACUACAGUGCAGGUGUUCGGACACAAGAACAGCUCUGCCUUCGGCGUAGCGCCGACGGCAAUGCAACGGCUGGCACACUCGGAUGGAGAAAUCGCAACGGCACGAGCGUGUCGUUCACGCAGAGUUGUCAUGGGCCUCUCUUCCUUUUCCACCAGCACUCUCGAAGACGUCGCCGAAGCCAGCGGGGACAACCCGCACGUCCUUCAACUGUACCUGUUUGAAGAGCGCGAGCACUCGCUGAAACUGAUAGACCGCGCCAAAAAGGCCGGUUACAAAGCCGUGCUCCUGACCGUCGACACGCCGAUGCUCGGCCGCCGCAAUCUCGAGAUCAGGAACCAAUUCAAACUGCCCGCCCACCUCUCUAUAGCCAACUUCGCGGAACAGAACGAGGACACCGACACAGCGGUGGGGAGGGAGCACAGUAGAAUCACGACGGCCACUGACGAGAAGAAAACCCCGUCCUCUCGCCGGCCGAAGAUGCCCCGCCAACGCCGUCCCAGCACGGCAGGAUAUCACGACGGCCAACGCCGCAUCCCACCGAGCGGGCCCAUCACGUUCCACACGCACGCGGCCAACCCGACCCUGUCGUGGGACGAAUCCAUCCCGUGGCUGAAAGACGUGUGCGGGCCUGAGAUGGAAGUCUGGGUCAAGGGCAUCGCCACGGCUGAGGACGCCGAGCUCGCGGUCCGCCACGGCUGCGAUGGGAUCAUCGUCUCGAACCACGGCGGCCGCCAACUGAACGGCGCGCUGGCGACCCUUGACGCGCUCCCGGAGGUCGUGGCCGCGGUCAAGAGGCGCGUCCCUGUCCACGUCGACGGCGGCAUCAGGCACGGCACCGACAUCUUCAAGGCCCUCGCCCUGGGCGCAGACUUUUGCUGGGUCGGCCGGCCCAUCCUCUGGGGGCUAGCGUACAAGGGGCAGGAUGGCGUCGAGCUGUGUCUGAGGCUGCUGAGCGACGAGUUCAGGCUGUGCAUGGGCCUAGCAGGCGUGACCACCGUCAAGGACAUCACGAGAGAUUACCUCUGCAAGGUCGAUCGGGACGGGUUUGCCAGCAGACUGUGAAAGGACGAGAGGGAUUGAAAAAAAGGAUUGAGCGCCCUGUAAUAUUUCUGUCGCAUGCUAUGAAGCCAAAUCUAUUUGUGUGAGCAUAUUACACCUAUCUGCAGUGCAUGAUUUUUGCUGCCGCUGGACCAGUAGAGCUGUGUGUAUUGUUGUAAUUUCCAG